GGAGAACACCAUUGAAAACCCUAAUUCCUUCGCCUUAUAAGCACCCUCUUCUCUUCCUCGUUCGAAGCUUUUGCCUGCGGUGGACUGGACUCGGUGCUUCAGCCUCAACCUACGAUCGAAGCCCUAAGCGUUCAACCAUGGUGGCCGCGAAGAAGACCAAGAAGACUCAUGAGAGCAUCAACAACAGGCUCGCUCUCGUCAUGAAGAGCGGGAAGUACACGUUGGGGUACAAGACCGUCCUCAAGACCCUGAGGAACUCCAAAGGUAAGCUGGUCAUCAUUGCUAACAAUUGCCCUCCUCUCCGGAAGUCCGAGAUAGAGUACUAUGCUAUGUUGGCAAAGGUUGGAGUGCAUCACUACAACGGAAACAACGUAGACCUAGGCACUGCCUGCGGAAAAUACUAUAGGGUAUGCUGCCUUAGCAUUAUUGACCCAGGUGACUCUGACAUCAUCAAGAGCAUGCCCGGCGGUGAUCAUUAAGAUUUUGGAACGCUUAGAUGUCACUUUAGAUUUUUCAUUUCUUUACUGGCUCAGCUGGGCAUCGUGUUUCAUUUAUUCAGAUGAGCUUUUAUGUUGAUUCGAGAAGUUUGAUUGCGAAACCAAAGAAGCUUUUUGUAGCCCUUUUAUGUGUUGGAUGUUGGAUUACGUCUAAACAAGUUUUUGCGGACGAACAGAUUGAGCUUUUAUCAUUAUCAUCCAAGAGUUCUGUA